CCCGGUAAGAGUAAGCAUUAGCCUCACUGAUUGACUGGAGGAUAUGGCUUGAAUGCGCCAUUUGCAUGUGUUGUCCGCGGCUUAGACACAAAAUCUCGUCCCAACCAUCCAACCACUUAAGGUAGAUCUUUGAGAAACCACUACGGGAAAAGGUAUGUCUGUCGCCAACCAUCAUGGACUGAAAUUCAACAUCCGCGGGAGUCGCCCGAUGAUGAUGGAUGCUUCAAAUUUUUGUCCCUCACCCGUUCUGGUCCUGGUCAUGCUCGUCUUGGGCACUCCGUGCUUUUCGUCAGUUUGCAUGUCAGUUGUACGUAAACUGAAGCGUGGCGGGAGGGGGGAGGAGAGGGUCCCCAGUUCCAAUUGCUUACUUACUUGCGGUCGUAAUCACCGCUCGCCAGGCUCCGUUCCUCAGGGUGUUGUGUGUUAUCACUUACCUUACCGUACUGCACCAUCUCCUUGUCAUUCUCAUUCUUAUUUCCACAGGGUCUUUGACUAGACUUGGCGGUUUUGCAUAACUUUUCUCAUUCUAGGUGACAUGAGUUUACUGCGCCAUGGUAACUGAAUCUUCGCGGGUUGAAAAGAGAAGAGACGAAGGGGG